UUCUGCUUCUCUCUGUCUGUCUGUCUGUCUGUCUCCCUCUGCAGGAGCCGGGCCCCUUCUCCUCUUGCUUCCUAUCUGUCCGCUCCUGCUCCUCCUCUCCCCCUCAAAACCUGCCUUUGCUGCUUCUGCCCUCACCUGCUCUGGGGCCAUGGGAGCACUGCUGGGACUCCUGGCGCUGCUGCUGUGGGGCACUGGGGCCGAGGGCCCAGCCAAGAAGGUGCUGACGCUGGAGGGGGACCUGGUGCUGGGCGGGCUGUUCCCCGUGCACCAGAAGGGCGGCCCGGCCGAGGAGUGCGGGCCCGUCAACGAGCACCGCGGCAUCCAGCGCCUGGAGGCCAUGCUGUUCGCGCUGGACCGCAUCAACCGCGACCCGCGCCUGCUUCCGGGCGUGCGCCUGGGCGCGCACAUACUGGACACCUGCUCCAAGGACACGUACGCCCUGGAGCAGGCCCUGGACUUCGUGCGCGCCUCGCUCAGCCGGGGCGCCGACGGCUCACGCCACGUCUGCCCCGACGGCUCCUAUGCCACCAACGACGAUGCUCCCACUGCCAUCACCGGUGUCAUCGGCGGCUCCUACAGUGACGUCUCCAUCCAGGUGGCCAACCUCCUGCGGCUGUUUCAGAUCCCGCAGAUCAGCUACGCGUCCACCAGUGCCAAGCUGAGCGACAAGUCCCGCUACGACUACUUUGCCCGCACGGUGCCCCCCGACUUCUUCCAGGCUAAGGCCAUGGCCGAGAUCCUUCGCUUCUUCAACUGGACCUACGUGUCCACCGUGGCGUCCGAGGGCGACUACGGCGAGACGGGCAUCGAGGCCUUCGAGCUGGAGGCCCGCGCCCGCAACAUCUGCGUGGCCACCUCGGAGAAGAACAACAGCCGCAACCCCUGGUUCCGCGAGUUCUGGGAGCAGAGGUUCCGCUGCAGCUUCCGGCGGCGGGACUGCGCGGCCCACUCCCUGCGGGCCGUGCCCUUCGAGCAGGAGUCCAAGAUCAUGUUCGUGGUCAACGCCGUGUACGCCAUGGCCCACGCGCUGCACAACAUGCACCGCGCCCUCUGCCCCAACACCACCCGCCUCUGCGACGCCAUGCGGCCCGUCAGCGGGCGGCGCCUCUACAAGGACUUCGUGCUCAACGUCAAGUUCGAUGCCCCCUUCCGCCCAGCCGGCACCCACUGCAACCACCGCGACGCCAGCAUGCUGGGCUCGCUGGCCUACAACGUGCUGCUCAUCGCGCUCUGCACGCUGUACGCCUUCAAGACCCGCAAGUGCCCUGAGAACUUCAACGAGGCCAAGUUCAUCGGCUUCACCAUGUACACCACCUGCAUCAUCUGGCUGGCCUUCCUGCCCAUCUUCUACGUCACCUCCAGCGACUACCGGGUGAGCUACACGGACCUCAGGGAGGUUCAGGCCCUGCCUGAGGGCACUCAGCUUGCAAGUGUAGAGCAGGGUCUGAACUGACAACCUUAACAGUUAAAGGAGCAGGAAACCAAGGCCAGAGCCCCUGCAAAGGCCCUUCCCCCGGGACAGAGGUACGGUGGGCGGUGCUGGGGGCCAGGGUCUGCUGGGCUUGGCUGCUGUGCACCUGCUGGGCCGCCUGCCUGGGAGGUGGAGGCAGGGCCGGGCGGGAAUGGCUCUCACUCAGCCUGCAUUUGCAUAGGAUUUGCAUGCUCAUCACAGGUGGCUAAGGACUCACCUGAGACACAGAGUAUUCACACAUCCAUCGGCAUACAAACAUGCAUGUAUUUCCACACUCACACACAUGUGCACACCUCAGUACACCUGGCACACACCCCCCUCGUCCCACCUGCACACACUCCCCACCCCCUGCAUACACAUGCCCAACAGAUACACAUGCACUUACACACAUGCCCUCCAUACCUGCGUCCCUCCACACACAUG